UACUUGCUUAGCUUAACGCCAUUUUUGAGCAGGGCCUGAAAAGUAACUAGAGGUCAGAAAAACAACUUGUACCCUGGAUGAGAGCCAAGUCAGCAGGCGUGUCGAGCUCGGGGAAAAACCACGAGCUGUCCUGAGUUUGAACCUGGCCUCAUACGAAUCGUCCAAUCAGAACCCUGUAAACUAUGCUUCCUGCUUCUGUACCCGCCCUUCCGCUGCCCAACCCUAUAAAAACCCUCCACUCCAGCCCGUGGGCGCGCCAGUCUCUUCAGCCUCUGGAGGGACUGUAUCGCCCCGGGUACCCGUGUUCCUGAAUAAAGCCUCUUGCUGUUUGCAUCUGACUUGUGGUCUCGGUGUAAUCUCUGGGCGAGGGUCUCUCCAGAGGGAAGACUCCAGUCGGGGGUCUUUCAUUUGGGGGCUCGUCCGGGAUUUGAGACCCCCGCCUCGGGACCACCGACCCACUGUCAGGAGGUAAGCUGGCCGGCCACUGUCUGUCUGUAUUGUCUCAGUCUGUUUACUUGUCUUUCAUUUUCGUCGGACGUCCUAAGUCAGGUCUGAGUCGGUGGGGGCUGAAGGAGCUGACGAGCUCGGACUUCGCCCACCGAAACCCUGGAAGACGUUCCACGGGUAUCUGAAGUCCCCUCUGGGGCACGGAAAGUCCCCUCUGGGGCACGGGAAGUCCCCUCUGGGGCACGGGAAGUCCCCUCUGGGGCACGGUUUUUCGGGGCCACCCACGCAUCAGAAGGAUACGUGGUACUGGCAGGGGACGGAGAAUUCAAACACUCCGCGUCCCCAUCUGAGUUUUUGUUUUCGGUUUUACGCCGGAGCCGCGCAGCGAAAAAUUCUGUGGUCUGUCUUGUCUGUUUGUUUCUCGUUGUGUGUUUAACCCUUCUUUAUUUGGAGACCACCAUGGGACAGGCUGUCGCCACCCCAUUGAGCCUAACCAAGGACCACUGGUCCGAUGUUAAGGCCCGAGGAAACAAUGAAGGUGUCAUUGUCAGGAAGAAGAAAUGGAUCACCUUCUGCGAGGCCGAAUGGGUCAUGAUGAAUGUCGGCUGGCCGCGAGAGGGAUCUUUUAACCUCUCUCUUAUUUCGCAGGUGGAGGGUAAGGUUUUCGCCCCUAGCCCUUAUGGGCAUCCCGACCAGGUCCCAUAUAUCACCAUCUGGAGAUCACUGGUCGAGAACCCAUUUCCAUGGGUUAAGCCUUUCCUUCCGCAGCCCCCUCCAGUCUCUGGGCCUUCUGCGCCCCCCAACCCAGACUCCUCCCUUUACCCCGUGCUCCCUCACAAGGAGACUCCUAAGCCUCCAGUCCUUCCCCCAGACCCCAAUACUCCCCUUAUAGAUCUCCUGACGGAGGACCCACCACCAUAUCGAGCCGGACCACCUGGAGAGCCGGCCAAAGCGGCCCCAGCCGCCGCCCCGGUGGCGGCGUCCCCGGCCGUGCCCGUGGCAGAUCCGGAAGUCACCUCGACUCGCAGGACCCACGGGGCUGAAGAAGAGGACGCAGCCCCGUCCCCCAUUGCCGGCCGCCUCCGCGGCCGCCGGGAUGGCCCCCCUAUUGAGUCCAGGGCCUUCCCGCUCAGAGAGGGGCCGAAUCGCCAGUUGCAGUACUGGCCCUUUUCAGCCUCAGACCUCUAUAACUGGAAACAACAUAAUCCCCCUUUCUCCAGGGAUCCUGUUGCCUUAACCGGCCUAAUUGAGUCCAUCCUAGUGACUCACAGGCCGACUUGGGACGACUGUCAGCAGCUCCUGCAGACCCUCUUAACAGUAGAGGAGAAGCAGAGAGUUUUCCUGGAGGCCCGGAAGCAGGUUCUGGGCGACGAUGGGAGGCCAACCCAACUCCCAAAUAUCAUCGAUGCAGUUUUUCCCUUGACCCGCCCAGACUGGGACUUCAAUACACCUGAAGGUAGGGAGCAUCUACGUCUCUAUCGCCAGUUGCUCUUAGCGGGUCUCCGAGCGGCCGCCAGAAGGCCUACCAAUUUGGCUCAGGUAAGGAAUGUGAUACAGGGAAAGGAAGAAACACCCGCUGCAUUUUUAGAGAGGCUGAAGGAGGCUUAUAGGAUGUACACUCCGUAUGAUCCAGAAGACCCAGGGCAAGCACCAGGUGUCAUCCUAUCAUUUAUCUAUCAGUCUAGCUCAGAUAUCAGAACCAAAUUGCAGCGGCUGGAAGGUUUACAGGCGCUAGGUUUGCCAGACUUAUUGAAGGAAGCAGAGAAAGUGUUCAAUAAGAGAGAAACUCCUGAGGAGCGUGAGGAAAGGAGAUGGCAGAAACAAGAGGAAAGGGACAAGAAACAGCAUAGGGAGAUAAAAAAGGUUUUGGCUGCCGUUGUGUCUCAGGGACAGCGGAGAGAGGGAGAUAGGUCGGGAGAGCGAAGGAGGCCACCCCUUGAUAAAGAUCAAUGUGCUUACUGCAAGGAGAAGGGACACUGGGCCCGAGAGUGCCCCAAGAAGCCACAAGGACCCCGCCGGCCCAAGCCCAAGACUGUAGACCUCCUUAGUCUGGAAGACUAGGGGAGUCGAGGCCAGGAGCCCCCCCCUGAGCCUAGGAUAACCCUCAAGAUCGGGGGGCAGCCCGUGACCUUCCUGGUUGAUACUGGUGCCGAACAUUCAGUCCUAACCCAUGCCGGAGUGCCUCUUAGCCGGCAUUCUGCACUGGUGCAGGGGGCAACUGGAAACAAGAGGUAUUAUUGGACUGCCGAGAGAAAAGUCCAACUGGCAUCAGGGCAAGUAACUCACUCCUUUCUGCACAUACCUGAAUGCCCCCAUCCGCUGUUAGGACGGGACCUAUUAACCAAAUUGAAGGCACAAAUCUAUUUUGAUGAGAAGGGACCGAGGGUCACGGGUCCUAAAGGAGACUCUCUACAAAUCCUUGCCCUCAGUUUAGAAGAAGAAUACCGUUUGUUUGAACCAGAACCCCCGGAGAAAUCUCCUGAGGAACUACAGAACUGGCUGAGAGAGUUUCCUCAGGCCUGGGCAGAGACUGGGGGCUUGGGGCUGGCACACGAUCAGCCACCGCUGGUGAUCUCACUAAAGGCCUCCGCAACUCCCGUUUCAAUUAGACAAUACCCAAUGUCACGGGAAGCUCAUGAGGGGAUCAAGCCCCAUAUUCGAAGGCUCCUAGACCAAGGGGUGCUAAAGCCCUGCCAGUCCCCUUGGAACACCCCUCUCUUGCCUGUUAAGAAACCGGGGACAGGGGACUACAGGCCGGUCCAGGACUUGAGAGAGGUCAAUAAGCGGGUGGAGGACAUACACCCCACGGUGCCCAACCCCUAUAACCUUCUGAGCACCCUCCCACCGACCCACGUCUGGUACACUGUGCUAGACCUGAAGGAUGCCUUCUUUUGUUUGAGACUGCACCCUCAAAGUCAAAUGCUAUUCGCUUUUGAAUGGAGGGACCCAGAAAAAGGGCUUUCGGGACAGUUAACCUGGACCCGGCUCCCUCAGGGCUUCAAAAAUAGCCCAACCCUCUUUGAUGAGGCCCUACAUGCAGAUCUGGCCGGAUUCCGGGUCGAACACCCAACCCUGACUCUGCUCCAGUACGUGGAUGAUCUACUCCUGGCAGCCAGGAGUCGAACCGAGUGCCUGGAGGGCACUCGAGCCUUAUUGGCCAGACUUGGACAAAAGGGCUAUAGAGCCUCAGCCAGAAAGGCUCAAAUAUGCCGAGAUAAGGUUACCUACCUGGGCUACACCCUGAGCGGGGGGCAAAGAUGGUUAACAAGAGCGAGGAAGGAGACGAUAAUCUCCAUCCCCCCUCCUCGGAACCCCCGCCAAGUUCGAGAGCUCCUGGGUACGGCUGGGUACUGCCGCCUUUGGAUUCCUGGCUUUGCCGAACUGGCAGCCCCAUUGUACCCCCUCACUAAACCAGGGGCCAUGUUCCAAUGGGAGGAGAAGCAUCAGAAAGCGUUCCAACAGAUCAAGAAGGCCUUACUCGAGGCCCCGGCUCUGGGUCUGCCAGAUCUAACCAAGCCCUUUGAGCUGUUUGUGGAUGAGAACUCAGGUUUUGCCAAAGGGGUACUGGUGCAAAGACUGGGACCUUGGAGGAGACCUGUAGCGUACUUGUCCAAGAAAUUGGACCCGGUGGCUACAGGAUGGCCAUCAUGCCUCCGCAUGGUGGCAGCCAUCGCCGUAUUACUUAAGGAUGCCGGGAAGCUGACUCUGGGACAGCCGUUGACUGUGCUGGCCUCCCAUGCAGUGGAGGCCUUGGUCCGACAACCACCGGACAGAUGGCUUUCUAACGCCAGAAUGACUUACUAUCAGGCCUUACUGCUGGACUCAGACCGGGUAAAUUUUGGGCCGACAGUUUCCCUUAACCCUGCUACCUUGCUGCCACUGCCUAGCCCCUCCGGGGAGCAUGACUGCCUCCAGAUUCUAGCCGAAGCACAUGGCACCCGCCCUGAUCUGACAGAUCAGCCGCUUAAGAAUCCAGACGCUGUCUGGUACACAGAUGGGAGCAGUUUCCUGGAGGAGGGGAAACGCAGAGCCGGGGCAGCUAUAACCACCGAAUCGGAAGUGGUAUGGGCAUCGUCACUCCCGCCCGGGACAUCGGCCCAGCGCGCAGAACUGAUUGCGCUCACCCAAGCUCUCCGGAUGGCAGAAGGUAAGAAGCUCACAGUUUAUACUGACAGCAGAUAUGCCUUCGCCACUGCGCAUGCCCACGGGGAAAUCUACAGACGGAGAGGCCUGCUGACGUCCGCGGGUAAGGAAAUCAAAAACAAAAAAGAGAUCCUAGACCUCCUAAAGGCCCUGUUCCUCCCGCUCCAACUCAGUAUUGUCCACUGCCCAGGGCAUCAAAAGGAUGACUCUGCGGUAGCCAGAGGGAAUCGGCUGGCGGAUCUGACUGCCCGAACAGUGGCUUCCCAGCCAGCAGGGAGCAGCCAGUUGAUGGCCAUACAAGAACCACAGCCUGAGAGAGACCCCGUGCCCUAUAGCCCAGAAGACCAUGAGCUAGCAAAGAAAAUGGGGGCGGACUGGGAACAAGGAAGACAGGCAUAUAUACUAGGGGACCGGAUGGUCAUGCCAACCUCCCAUACCCGAUACAUGCUAAGAUUCCUCCAUGCUUUGACCCAUUUGAGCAAAAACAAGAUGAAGACCCUAUUGGACAGAGAAAACACCUGGACAGUGCUGCUGAACCAGGAUCAGGUACUUCAGCAGGUAACUUCUACCUGCCCAGCCUGUGCUCAAGUCAACGCAGGAAAGGUUCAUCUAAACAAGGGGGCCCGCCAAAGAGGCCAUCGUCCUGGUGUUCAUUGGGAAAUAGACUUUACAGAAGUAAAACCCGGACUCUAUGGGUACCGGUACCUCCUGGUCUUCGUGGACACUUUUUCUGGAUGGAUCGAGGCAUUUCCAACCAAGAAUGAGACGGCUAAUGUGGCAACAAAGAAACUGUUGGAAGAAAUCUUCCCCAGGUACGGGAUGCCUCAAAUAUUGGGGUCGGAUAACGGGCCUGCCUUCGUCUCUCAGGUAAGUCAGAAGGUGGCCAAACUAUUGGGGGUUGAUUGGAAACUCCAUUGUGCAUACCGUCCCCAGAGCUCAGGACAGGUGGAACGAGCUAAUAGAACAAUCAAGGAGACUUUAACCAAAUUAACGCUUGCAACUGGCACUAGAGAUUGGGUGCUCCUACUUCCCUUGGCUCUCUACCGAGCCCGAAAUACUCCUGGCCCACACGGCCUAACCCCUUUUGAGAUCAUGUAUGGGGCCCCACCUCCUGUUGUAGACUUUCUCCAUCCUGAUAUUUCCUCCUUUGCUACCACCCCUACUUUAGAGGCACAUCUUCAAGCCCUCCAACUGGUGCAGAGGGAGAUCUGGAAGCCCCUGGCCAAGGCCUACCAGGAGCAGCUAGACAAGCCGGUGGUGCCCCACCCCUUCCAGAUCGGGGACUCCGUCUGGGUCCGACGACACCAGACCAAGAAUCUGGAACCACGGUGGAAGGGGCCCUACACUGUCUUGCUGACCACCCCCACUGCACUCAAGGUCGACGGGAUUACUGCAUGGAUCCACGCCUCGCAUGUGAAGGCUGCCAGGGAACCCGACCCAGCAGGAUCCAGAAAGUCAACAUGGACAGUGCGCCGCACACGGAACCCCCUAAAAAUAAGGUUGGCCCGCGGCUCCUCUUCCUCCCCCUCCUCUUAAUCUCUGCCUACCCCCAGGGGACUAGGGCGGCAGAGAGCCCGCACCUAGUUAAGAGGCUCACUUGGCAGGUUAUCUCACAAACUGGGGAGAUGGUCUGGCAAACGACCGCCCUUCACACCCCCUUCACAUGGUGGCCCAACUUGCAUCCAGAUCUCUGCCAACUAGUAGCAGGGUCAGGGGACUGGGACAUCCCUACCACUGACCCCAUGAACCCCAGAGCACCAGACGUCUGUCAGGAUGGUAAGGGGACUUGCAAAUGUAGUGACGGGAGAUAUGGAUGUGGUCACCCUGAAACCAGAGCAGCCCUGUCACAACUAUCCUUUUACGUCUGUCCCCGGGAUGGUAGGGACAGAAAGAUGAUUAGACAAUGUGGGGGUUAUGAAAGUUACUUCUGUAAAGCAUGGGGAUGUGAAACAACUGGUAAUACCUAUUGGGAGCCUUCAUCCACUUGGGACCUCAUUAGGGUAAAAAGGGCUACCCAAAGAGAAAGCCACUCAUGGCGUCCUCUUACUCAAGGACGUUGUUGGGGAACUGUCACGUCAGGAAGAGAUAACACUUACUGGAAAGGGGGGGGGGCCCUGUGUAAAUUUCACCUGCAACCCCCUGAAUAUAUCUUUUACUCAAAAGGGAAGGGAGAUAACACAAGACUGGAUUAAAGGUAGAACAUGGGGACUUAGACUUUACAUGACGGGAUGGGACCAGGGAGUCGUGUUUACGAUUAGGCUUAAAAUCACAGAGCCCUCCGCCUCUAUAGGUCCCAACCAGGUUCUCUCUGACCAAAAGCGCCCCUCUUUACCCGCUCCGGCACCCCCGAGGGCUACCCCCCGACCCAAUUCGGCCAUUCGCUCAAGCACGGCUCCGAAUGCCACUAUAACCCCAGUCACCCUCCAGCCACCCAGGCCCGGUACGGGAGACCGGCUAUUGAAUCUUAUAGAGGGCGCUUACUCAGCCCUCAAUGUUACCAACCCAAAUCAGACUCAGGAAUGCUGGUUAUGCCUAGUCUCCACACCCCCCUAUUAUGAGGGGGUGGCCGUAGUCGGAAGCUUCACCAAUUCUUCUUCACCCCCGUCAGGAUGUGCCUCGACACCUCAGCAUAAGCUCACAAUCUCCGAGGUGUCAGGACAAGGACUAUGUCUGGGGAUAGUACCCUACACCCACCAACACCUGUGUAAUCGCACCCAGGCACUUGUUCCAGGACCCCACUAUCUCGUGGCUCCCAACGGGACUUAUUGGGCCUGUAGCACUGGACUUACACCAUGCCUCUCCUCCUCAAUACUAGCCAACACGGCCGAUUAUUGUGUGCUCAUAGAACUGUACCCCAAGAUAGUCUACCGUGCACCUGAAGAUAUCUAUGCCCGAUAUGAGACAGGGGUCCCCCGUAUAAAAAGGGAGCCAGUCUCGCUAACCCUGGCCCUGAUACUAGGUGGGUUAACUAUGGGAGGAGUCGCUGCCGGAAUAGGCACAGGUACCACUGCCCUCAUGGAAACCAACCAGUUCAGACAACUCCAGGUUGCCAUGCAUACCGAUAUCCAGGCACUGGAGGAAUCCGUGAGUGCCUUGGAAAAGUCACUCACCUCCCUGUCUGAAGUAGUUCUGCAGAACCGGAGGGGAUUAGACCUCCUCUUCCUGCAGGAGGGGGGGUUAUGUGCCGCCCUUAAAGAAGAAUGUUGCUUCUAUGCGGAUCAUACUGGGGUGGUGAGAGAUAGCAUGGCUAGAUUAAGAAAAAGAUUAGAGCAAAGACAAAAACUCUUUGAAGAACAGCAGGGAUGGUUUGAAGGAUGGUUCAGAAGGUCCCCCUGGCUCACCACCCUCAUCUCCACCCUUAUGGGACCCCUUCUGAUUUUAUUGCUCCUUCUGACGCUCGGGCCCUGUAUCCUAAACAGACUUGUCCAAUUUAUCAGGGAACGCGUUUCUACUAUUCAGACCUUGGUAUUGACACAACAAUACCAACGACUCAACCAGGUGGAAAUGGAGCCACAUCCCUAUUCUUCCCCAUGAAUGGAGGAUUCCAUUCCCUGAGAUAAGAAAAUGGGGGAAUGAAGGGCCCCAGCAUACUUGCUUAGCUUAACGCCAUUUUUGAGCAGGGCCUGAAAAGUAACUAGAGGUCAGAAAAACAACUUGUACCCUGGAUGAGAGCCAAGUCAGCAGGCGUGUCGAGCUCGGGGAAAAACCACGAGCUGUCCUGAGUUUGAACCUGGCCUCAUACGAAUCGUCCAAUCAGAACCCUGUAAACUAUGCUUCCUGCUUCUGUACCCGCCCUUCCGCUGCCCAACCCUAUAAAAACCCUCCACUCCAGCCCGUGGGCGCGCCAGUCUCUUCAGCCUCUGGAGGGACUGUAUCGCCCCGGGUACCCGUGUUCCUGAAUAAAGCCUCUUGCUGUUUGCAUCUGA